UCUUGACAAAUUUCCCCAUCAAAUCAAUCAAUCACAAUUUUCGUGUUUUUUGGCGGAAUGCCGUUAAAAUCAAAAUAUUUUCAACUUACAUAACUCCCUCGAUAUUCCACCCCUAUUCCUCAUUAAUUUUAAGAACAAACCCCCUUUUGAAAGUAUUAACGACAAUCUGCAAGGGCCAAAAGCGUUAAUCUAACCUCACAAAUUGCGCGAGGGCCCCCACAGUUAGAACCGGUUUUUUUUUUUUCAAAUGGCCGGAAAACGGAGUGCGACCAGCGACUUGAACCACGACAACUGGAACCAAGAAGACGAACCGGAAGAAAGAGGUACAUUCCAAAAGGCUUCGGAUGUUGCAUUGAAAACACGAAUCAUGAAGACUGCUAAAAGACGAAAUCCUAUCAGAAGUGAAGAUACUGAUGGUGACAAAAAGAGUGCAUUUGUAGGUUUCACAGCUUUCGGUAGCAAACCAGCUAGUGCAGAUUUUUCAUUUCUCAAAGAAGUUUCUGGUGGUGCACCCAAAACUAACGGUAUAGCUAAACAGGACAUGUCCAGCACUAGUGUAAAUAUUUUUACAACCACAAAAUCCACAAGCAUAUUUGGUGGGUCGGCUUCUACAACAACAAGCACAAACAUGUUUUCUUCAGCAAUAGUUCCUAAUUCAACCAGUAGUAGCAAAAAGUCUGAAAAAUAUUGUUCAAGACUGAAAGGUUUAAAUGAGAGCGUCACCAAGUGGAUUUCAAAGAAGGUGGAGGAAAAUCCUUUGAUUAGUUUGCAGCCUGUUUUUGAAGAUUAUAAAAAAUACUUGGAGGAAAUUGAAAAAGAAGAAUCCACUACUAGUAGUACUACUGUUGAAACAAAAAUUCCUACAUUUGAUUUUUCGCCUGAAAAAAAUAAUAAAGCAAUUCCAGAUAGUACAUCAGAAACAGAUAAAAAGAUGCCAACUUUUAAGUUUGGUACACCAACAGAUUCUUCGCCUAAAUUUCCCUCAACUGUUAGUUCCACUGCACCAACAUUCAGUUUUGGUUCAAGCGGUAUUAAACCAUUUUCCUCCUCAGGAAGUUCUUCAACAGCUUCAGCUUCUUUUAGUAGUUCAGCUGGAAUAAAACCAUUUUCAUCUACAGGAAGUUCUUUUAGCAGCUCAAGUGGAAUAAAACCAUUCUCAGCUGAAGGCUCUUUUAGCACUCCUAGUCCUAGUACUAUUCAAUUUCCUUCAGCUACAGGAUUUAGUUUUGGAACUGAGCCAAAACAAAGUACCUCACAAGAAGAUAAUCAGGAACAAGAUGAAGAUGCACCUCCCAAAGUUGAAUUUAAAGCAGUAGUAGAACAAGACUCUAUCUACACGGUUAAAUGUAAAGUUUUUGUUAAAAAGGGCGAUUCUUUUGUAGAUAAAGGCGUAGGGAAUUUGUACUUGAAGCCCAUUGAAAAUAGUGAAAAAGUACAAUUAAUUGUUAGAGCAAAUACAAAUUUGGGCGGUUUGCUUUUGAAUUUUAUACUGUCAGAAAGUGUACCGACAAAACGUAUGAGUAAAAGAGAUGUUAUGUUGGUGGCAAUUGCCACCCCAGACUCGAAACCACCCCCAACCCCAGUUCUGUUGAGAGUGAAAUCCCCAGAAGAAGCGGACGAUCUACUAAAAGUUUUAGAGAAACACAAAAAAUAGUUUUAUAAGUUUUCAGCUGUAUUUUUAUUUUUUUUUUUGUAUUGACUUUUUUAAUUAUUUUGUGCUCGGGAAUAAAAAGUGUUUCAUUUAA